AAAAUUCUAUAUCGUGGACUACCAGGAAAGUAUAAACACGUAGCUGCAGCCGUUGAACAUCUUCGUGUUAUAGGUCCUCCCGUCUACUAGCUCUGGUAAUUUGUUCUAUGACAAUGGCACUCAUUCGUUGGACAGAGUCUAUCCAAAACCCGAGAAGGAGCCGAUUAUUUAUGAUACUCCAUGUGAUCGAGAUCGUCGAGGCAGUACACAUGGAUGUGAAGCACGAGAAGCUGUGAAGACAAUAAAAUGUGGAAAUUUGGAACUGGUUGAGUCAGCCGAACAGCCAUCUGCACCGCAAUGCAUUGGUCUACCGAUGCAACCAGCAGUGUUGGAUUCAUCCUGUGCAAUCGUUCGCAAUCCUUCGACUUUGUCAAAUAGGCCACAUUCUACGACUAUGCUUAGCGGUCGGCGCGCGGCUCACAGCGUUUCGUCACGUUCUGACCAAAUGGCGCAUUCUGCCAUAGAAUGCGCACCAGCAUCAACAACCUCCUCGCAUUCUUAUGUUGUCGAGGAGCCCAGACCAUCUAGAGAGUCGAUUUUGGAGAAAUUGAUCAGAUUCUUCCGGAGCAGGCCUAGCAUAGAUGCGCUGAAGGAGAAGGGAAUUUACAAACAUGAGCCAGUUUUUGGCAGCACAUUGUCAGCUAUUUGCCAAAUAGAGAACAGUCUUGUGCCGAAAUUCAUUAGGACAGUGACGGAGCUGAUUGAAAGCAGAGGACUGGAGAUUGAUGGAUUGUAUCGGUGA